AUGGUGGCCGCCGUGAGGCCGCUGGUGACGGUCCAUGCCCUGGAGGGCGACAUGGCGACGGACGGAUCUAACGCCGUCCCGCUGCCGGACGUGCUGAAGGCGACCAUCCGGCCGGACGUGGUCCGCUUCGUCCACUCCAACAUCUCGAAGAACAAGCGGCAGCCCUACGCCGUGUCGAAGCGCGCCGGGCACCAGACGUCGGCUGAGUCGUGGGGGACGGGACGUGCCGUGUCUCGUAUUCCCCGCGUGCCCGGCGGCGGCACCCACCGCGCCGGGCAGGGUGCCUUCGGGAACAUGUGCCGUGGCGGGCGGAUGUUCGCCCCGACGAAGAUAUGGCGGCGGUGGCAUAGGCGCGUGAACCUGAACCUGCGGAGGUACGCCGUGGUGUCGGCUCUGGCCGCGUCCGCCGUUCCGGCGCUGGUGAUGGCCCGCGGUCACCGGAUCGAGGGGAUCCCCGAGGUCCCGCUGGUGAUCUCCGAUUCGGCGGAGAGCGUGGAGAAGACGUCGUCGGCCAUCAAGAUCCUGAAGCAGAUCGGGGCGUACGCGGACGCGGAGAAGGCCAAGGAGAGCCACGGCAUCCGGUCGGGGAAGGGCAAGAUGAGAAACAGGCGGUAUGUGUCGCGCAGGGGUCCCCUGAUUGUGUACGGCACGGAGGGCGCUAAGAUCGUGAAGGCGUUCCGCAACAUCCCCGGCGUGGACGUGAUGAAUGUGGAGCGGCUGAACCUGCUGAAGCUGGCCCCGGGUGGGCACCUCGGUAGGUUCAUCGUGUGGACCAAGUCGGCGUUCGAGAGGCUGGACGCGGUGUUCGGCACCUUCGAUAAGGCGUCGGAGAGGAAGAACAAGUACGUGCUGCCGAGAUCGAAGAUGAGCAACUCGGACCUGUCGAGGAUCAUCAACUCGGACGAGGUGCAGUCGGUGGUGCGUCCCAUCAAGACCGAGGUGAAGAGGAAGGCUCUGAAGAAGAACCCGCUGAAGAACCUGAACGCGAUGUUGAAGCUGAACCCGUACGCCAAGACGGCGAGGAGGGUGGCGCUUCUGACUGAGGCCCAGAGGAUAAAGUCGAAGAAGGAGAAGCUCGAUAAGAAGAGGACUAAGCUCCCUAAGGUGCGUCUCAUCGUUCCCAUUUCAAAGGAGCUUAUAUUCUUUUUCCUUAUUGCUUCUUAUCUUCAGCCUAUUGAUUUUCGUUCCUUUUUUUUCUUUUGUAAUUGAUGUUAAGUUAUGAUAUUAUCUUUCUCUAAUGCCAUAUUUCCAUAUGCUAUCUUUCUCUGAGUUUUUUAACCGUUUUGUUGGUCACAUUGCUUUUGAAUUGGAAGUCUUCAUGCUGCGUCCGAAAUCUUCAUGCCUUAUUUUGCUGAACACAUUCGACUGCGUGCUUGGUAUUCAUCCAUUAGUGACUUUUGUAUUUUUAUCUAGUAUCAUAGAUUUUAUAUUUUUCAUUAAUUUUUAAAUUUUAUAUUCCUGUUGUUAAAGAAGCUUUUAGACAUGGGGUCUUAUGGACUCUUUCUCUUAGUUCAAUUCAAUCUAUCACCUAAACUGAGGGAAUCAGAAUGACUGUUUAUAUUAAUUUCUCUACUAAUUAUACUUGAUAGCAUUCAUUCUUAUUUCUCUGGCCUUGUAUCUCUAUAAAAUGUUCUAUGAUUAUCAAUUGCUUGUGUAUGUCAUUUCUCUCAGUGGUCAUAUUUGUUUCAACUCUUUAUUUAGGACUGAAUAAUGUUAUGCUUUUCGUGGCUUCACAUGUUUGCAAUUAUGAGUGAAUAUAAUACAAUGCAGUCAGUGUAAGAAUUGCAUCCAUACCGUGUUUGGUUUCAGUUGGGUCUGAGAUAUGUUGUGGCUUUCAUUUUCACUGUAGCAUUUUUACGGUUGAUAGUUGGAAUUGCUCUCCUAUUUCAUGGUCAUAAUUAUUCUAUCAACUGCAGCAAUAUGAUUUUAGACUGUUAUUAUGCACCUAUUGGCUGGUGGAUGUCUUUCGUGAUUAGAUGUUAAAAGUAACCUUUGUAUCUGCAUUUUCUCCUAGAUCUCUACAGAGAUGACUUCAUAUUUUGCUAAGUUCGAAAACCAUUUGUGGAGAGGAAUAACCCCCACCCCCUCCUUUCUGAUCAGUCAAUUUCUUCCCAUCUUGUAGGAAGAAGCAGCCGCCAUCAGGGCUGCAGGAAAGAGCUGGUACCACACCAUGAUCUCAGACAGCGACUACACUGAGUUUGAGAACUUCUCCAAGUGGCUCGGUGCGACCCAGUGA